AUGUUGCCGCGGUGUACCCGAACCAAAAGCGGCUGUAGCGCCGAGGCGCCACGACUCGGUGCUGCAACGCGAAGUGCGACCACUGCCACGUCCUGGUUUCUGUCCACCGCAUCUGUGUACGCUCGCGCUCUUACGUUUUGCACGUGUCUGUGUACUACGUUCGACCUGGUCGCGGCCGCCGAUUUUUCGGAUGCACCGGACGAAAUGUUGACGAGCGAUGCGACGGCUUCGAUCAAGAAGCAAAGCAAAGUCCAAACUACCAGCGUCCACAAAAAUUUUGCAGCGGAGGACCACACGAAUGACGGCGGGAACGCCAUGACGAUUCUGAAGUUACAGAAGGAGGUGGAAGCCCUCUCGCAGGAGAACGCGCUUUUGAUGGAGCAGGUAAGCCAGAAGCACGAAGAAGGGCUGCGGCGAGACGAAUUGGCACCGGCUACGACCUCUUUGUCUUCUUUGACUAAUGGCAAAAAGCAUGGUGCUGCGCAGUCGACAUCCUUUAUGGACAUAACUGCGGGGGAGAAGCAGAAUUUAUUCCCUACGGGAGGAGGAACGAACGAGACCAUGGAAAUUAUGGAGGACGAGAACACCGAAUUGGCGACGCUUGUGAACAUGCUCGUGCGCAACGGAGAAGCGUCCCUGGCGGCGCAAGAGCGGUUGGACGACGCCGUCGCCGCGCGGGUGCGCGCGGAGCUUUUGGAGCACAAAGCGAAACGGGAGUGGAGAAACGUCAGUAAGGUAAGAAAGUGGUGUGGGAAGUUCGAAAUUUUCCAUUGAACGCUUCGUAACCAGCAAUCGCAAGACGAUAGGAGGGUAUCUGUGUUUCAUUGCGGUAGGAAGCAUGUCUGUCAAAUUAAUGCUCCAGGUUUCCAAGGUAGGAGCUGACGCGGAUGGCGAUGAGAGAACUUUUUCGUGGCUCGGUCUCACCGCUACCCCUUGCUGCGGGUCGUUCUUCGGUUGCGGCGAAAGAGAAGAAUUUUUUCGGACAGAUCGAGUCUAUGAUUACCGGAGUUCUGGCGCAAUUCAGUGGCUUCGACAAGGACAAAAACAACGUGCUGGACAAGAACGAGUGCCCGGCGCCCCCGCCGGGUGCGGAUGCGAACAACGACGGAAAUCUCACCCCGACCGAAAUCAUCACGCACACGUACAACAACUUCAUUUCCGUGCUGGAAGGGGCCCGUCCAGGACACGGCGAGAAACAUGA